CUUUUUCAUAUGGUCGACGCCUUCAAGGUCAAUUACGCGUCGCUUCAUUUUGGUACUUACAGUUUUCCAUAGCUUGUCUUCGGUAUAAUUUUGUUACCCACUGUUGAAAUUCCACAUGGCCAUGGUAACUAUGAGACUAAUCAUUAAACAUUUGACUGAACAAAACGAAGUCAGAUAGCGUGUAUGAAUGCUGACUUCCUAUAGGUAGCACACUGAAGGCCUGAUAUCUGCACUGAGCGCAACUUAUGAUUUUAUUCGCUUGCACAGGAGUAUGAAUAAUGUUCGGAAAACUUUUGAAGUUCAGUCUGUCCCCGGAGAUACAGUGUCGUGUCUUCGGUUUAGCCCCGAAUCCUUGCAAACGAUGUUCUUGGCUGCUACCAGCUGGGAUAAUCGUGUACGGAUAUGGGAAGUCCAGGGCAAUGGUGCCACGGUUCCCAAGGCAGAACAAGUACAUCAGGGACCAGUUUUCAGUGCUUGCUGGAGCAAUGAUGGUUCAAAACUGUUUAGUGUAUCGGCAGACAAAACUGCUCAAAUGUGGGACCUUGGAUCAAAUACAUUCACCGCCGUAGGCGCUCAUGAUGCACCUAUUAGAACUGUACACUUUAUAACCGCCUCGAAUUACUCAUGUUUGAUGACUGGGUCGUGGGAUAAACGACUAAGAUUUUGGGAUACACGACAAGCUCAGCCUAUUUUGAAUGUGGAUCUACCGGAAAGAGUAUUCUGUGCUGAUGUUCAUUAUCCUCUCGCAUUGGUUGCUACUGCGGGUCGACAGAUCUGUGUAUAUAAUUUAGAAAAUGGUGUUACUCAAUUCAGUCAGAUAGAAUCCCCUCUUAAAUUUCAGAGUCGGUGUAUAUCCAUAUUUAUGGAUAAACAGAAACAAAAUCCCAUUGGAUAUGCUUUGGGUAGUAUUGAAGGACGAGUUGCAAUACAGUACUUGAAUCCUGCUACACCGAAAGAUAAUUUUACUUUCAAGUGUCAUCGUUCAAGUGCAGCUGUCAAUGGAUAUCAUGAAAUCUUUGCAGUAAAUGAUAUGGCUUUUCAUCCUGUUCAUGGUACACUAGCCACAGUAGGCUCUGAUGGAUUAUAUUCUUUUUGGGACAAAGAUGCUAGAACAAAACUGCACACUGCUGACUCUCCAGACCAACCGCUUACUUGUUGUGUAUUCGAUCCUAAAGGUCAAGUAUUUUGUUAUGCUUCAGGUUAUGACUGGUCCAAAGGAUAUCAGUUCGCUGAUCCUUCUAAACCAGUGAAGAUUACCAUGCGGUUGUGUAUGGAUGAAAUGACUCCUGGUCGAAAAUCUUAAUGUAAAUAUAUGUGUGUAUAUAUGUAUAUACUAAUGCAGUUCGUUCUUUUGACUAUUGUUCGGGUUACUGAAUUGCAAACUGUAUUAUUACUCAGUGUACGAAAGGAUCAAAUCUAAAAAUUGUUGAUAAUUCCAUCUGUGUAUACUUGUUAUUGUUUAAUACUUUGUUUAGUGUAGUAAUCAUCGUCGUUAAUAUGUGGUUCAGUAUCUGCCUUCUUAAAUAGAAACUAGCUUGUUGAAAAGCUCCCAUAGACUUCUAUGACCAGCAGGAAGAAGUCCACUCUAAUAAUCUAAGCCUGG